GGCGUUUCUUUCUCCCGGCCUGUUAGUUCAGCAUCUCAGCUCGAUACGGCACGGCACUAUUGAAUGUCGUUAGAAUUAUCCCGAUACAUACUGGGGACUGCCUGUGCCGGGAGGCUUGUUGGGCGUUCUGCAAUCCAGUAUUAAUCGUGCCAUCUACGGCUCAAGUUUCGCUCGUUAUACUUUCGACCAUUGCCUCAUCAAAGGCAAUCAAUGUCAGGCGUAAUGUCUCCUACACUCGUUAUCAUUUUUUUGCUCUCUUUCUUUGUUCACCAUGUCAGCUCUUUUGCUUCAACGGAUACCAUUACUUGGGGAGGAGACAAUUCCAGAGCUGGAUAUCAAACUAAUCAUAAUAUGGACCCUGCCAUCGUUGGCAGCUCUCAAUUUGGUCAACUUUUCAAGACUGCCCUUCCGGGUCGCUACAAUGGUUAUACCGAACAAGUCUUCUCUCAGCCGCUCGUUUAUACAACCUCAGACGGCAUUCAAUAUGUCUACCUUGCUACGACUCAAAACAAUCUCUAUAAAAUCAAUGCGAAGACCGGGGCCAUUGUGAUGCAAAGGAGCUUGCACAUUCCUUUCUUGACUGCAGAUUUGAAUGGAUGUGUUGAUAUCAACCCCACCAUCGGUGUGACGGCCACUGGUGUUAUUGAUCCUGACACCGAUACAUUAUAUCUCACUGCCAAGACGUACGAGAACCAGAAUGGAGGGGUUGGCGUAGCACAAGGGAGACCUAACGGCCGUUACUACUUCCACGCAAUCAACGUCAAUGACCUCACCGAACGUGCAGGCUUUCCUGUGGACCUUGAAGGAACUGUUGCCAGGAACAACCCAGUUAGAAGUUUCAAUGGCGGUAUCCACCACCAGCGCCCUGCUUUGCUGCACUCGGGUCAAUACAUCUACGCCGGUUUCGCCUCUCACUGCGUACAAUACAACUUCACUGGCUGGAUUAUGGGCUGGGACAAGACAACUGGUGCAAUCGUCGAGAGAUACGCUACGGAGGGGGCGGGUGUUCCCAACACAACUCCAGGAGGGGGUAUCUGGAUGUCAGGAGGAGGAUUGGCUUCUGAUGAUGCCGGCUCGCUUUUCUUUGCUUCUGGAAACGGUUACGCUUCUCAACUCAGCACUAUUCCUGUGAAUGGUCGCAACCCGCCGACCUCCCUCGAGGAAGCCGCGGUUCACAUGACGAUCAACGACGAUGGGUCUUUGACUAUCGUGGAUUUCUUCAUGCCGUGGGAAAAGACGCAACUCGACGGAGCCGAUCGAGAUCUUGGAACGAGUCCUCUGGAAUUGCUUCCCAGCGAGUUCUCUUGCGGUGAUUAUAAACGUAUCGGCGUUGUCACUGGAAAGAGCGGCAAGACGUACUGGCUGAAUUUGGACAAUUUGGGAGGUUACCAGAAUGGACCGAAUAAGCUGGAUGACAUUAUUCAAGUUUACCAGAAUGAAAACUCUGUGUAUGCUGGAGCUGGUGUGUAUCCUCUGGAAGGCGGAUACAUUUACAUUAAUGUCAUCCAAUAUCCUACCCAUGUUUUCCAAUUCUCUUGCAACAAUGGAUUUCCCUCCUUUACCAAGGUUGCCGACUCUCCUACCAAGAAUGCCUACGUUCUUGGAGUUGGUCACGGUACUACGACAUCUCUCAACGGCGAACCUGGCACUGGCCUUGUCUGGACAAGUGACGUUGACGGACAAAACCUCCGUGUCUACAAUGCGAUUCCAGAAAAUGGCUUGAUGACCCAGAUCGCUGGCUUCAAUGUCCCUGGUACGACUAAGUUUACUCGCCCAGUUUUCGGAGACGGCAUCGUGUACAUGGGUACGACCCAAGGAUAUUUCUAUGGAUUCGGCUCUCCAGUCAACUUACCCAUAAAUUGCUCUUCGCCAUACGAUUUUGGCACUGCGAACCUGAAGAAUGCUACUGCCGCAAAGACAGUGACCUGCACAGCCAACAUUGGGGUUACCGUGACAAACGUAAACUUGACGGGGAAUGCCAACUUUAACAUCACUGGUGUCCCAACGGUACCUCUGAAUGUCGCGCAAGGCGGUACCUUCAGCUUCCAAGCAUAUUUCAAUCCUCAGACCGUCGGCCCACUGUCCUCCGAUGUUGUCGUUGCAACCACAAACAACGUCGCCGGCUACAGCACCAGCACCCCGAUCUCUUUGAAAGGCAACGGGCAGAGUGUGAAUGCACUACUCUCAGUCGCUCCGGUGACCCUAGCAUUCCAAGGUGCGAUUACGGGUCAACAAUCUGGAGGUGUCAACCAGUCCCUCCUCAUCAAUAACCAAGGCAAUUCUCCUUUGACGAUUGAGAAUAUUCAGUAUUCGCUGAAGAGUGAGACCGGUCCAUGGGUCACUGCCAACAAUACCUCUAUAGGGCCCAAGGUUGGAGCUUUCACAUUCAUUGGGCUUCCGACGACCAUCCCGGGGAACUCCGGAGUCACUGUCACCAUCAACUUUGAUACCUCUGCGAGUGGUAACUUCGCUGCUUAUGUUCGAGUUGUAUCAAACGGAGGAACCAAAGUGUUUGAUGUUGUUGGUACCUGCGGUAGCCCUCCAAUUGCUCUGCUUGAGUUCCAGACUCCAGAUGGGACGGGAUGGGUUCAGUACCAGGAAGGACAGAAUUUUACUUUUGGAAAUGUCACAGAGAACUUGACGCGGUCCUUGAAGAUGCGGUUGACCAACAAUGCCACUUCUGACAGUGCCCGUCUAUCCCUUACGGUCUCGAAACCGCCUUUUGGUGUUGCAGGUAUCAUUGGGGCCAACAAUCAAGUUGACUUGGCUGAAGGCACGACCCUUGCUCCCGGUGAGAGCGCAACUGCAACGCUCUACUGCUCAGUCCCCAAAGAGCAAUGGAACACAGACCCUUACCACGGCAACGCUCAAUGGACAAUGAACGUCGAUGACCCCAGCUUCGGAAAGCAAUACAUUCAGUUCGACUGUCUUGCUGUUUCAGAGCAAGCUGCCCCUCUUCAAUCCAAUGGUCUGGGCCUCUAUAGAUAUACUGGAUGCUUCAAGGAAAAUAAUCCCGGUCGUCAACUGAAGACUCAAAUUUACGGUGAUCCCAACAAUACCAUUGCUCAAUGUAUCGCGGCUUGUGCUGCAGGUGGAUACGUCUUCUGCGGUACUCAAUACAACCGGGAGUGUUGGGGAGGACCUAACAUCCCUAUACAACAAGUUUUAGAAGACGAUUGCAACUAUCCUUGUGCAGGUAAUAUCAACGAAAUCUGCGGUGGCAACGGAGUUGGCAGUGAUGCAGGUGGUUCCUACAUCUCCCUAUUCGCCGAUUCUAGUCGCUUCAAUGGGACUGCCGUCAGCACUGGACCAACUGGGCCCUUCGUCAAUCCUGAUGUCGACGGAUAUGUAAGCAUGGGCUGUUACACCGAAGCUACAACUGGAAGAGCGUUGGCACAGGGGUAUAAUCCUGCUCAACAAACUGUCAAGAUGUGUGUGGAUACGUGCUCAGCCAAAAACUAUAUCUAUGCUGGUCUCGAGUACGGCGGCGAGUGUUGGUGCGGAAACUCGCUUGGGACUGGCGCGGUCCCAACCGCCGCCUCUGACUGCAGCAUGACUUGCAAUGAUAACGGCACCGAGUACUGUGGGGCUGGGAACAGACUUAACGUGUACGGGAAGAACGGAAGCUACACUCCCCCAAGCACUCUGCCAACCUCAAGUGCCACUGGAACUGGAACUGGUGGAUCAACUUCUGCUCCCAUAGCAGUCACUGGUCCACAAAUCAAGCAGAAUGUUGGCACCUGGUCAUUCCAAGGCUGCUGGACUGAAGCUACGAAUGGUCGAGCAUUGUCAAGCAGGACCUAUGCCGCUGACUCGAUGACCUUGGAAUCCUGUGCUUCGUUCUGUUCAGGUUUUUCGAUGUUCGCUGUGGAGUACGGUAGAGAAUGCUACUGUGGCAAUACACUCGGCGCCGGAAGUGUGAAGGCUACCAACCAAGCGGACUGUUCGUUUACCUGCCCCGGAAAUGGUAACGAGUACUGCGGGGCUGGCAACAGACUUCAAUUGUACGCGUACAAUGCGACGUCGGCAUCCUCUACGUCUGUUAGCUCUUCGCCAUCAUCUGUAGCACAAUCCUCGGUCAGUGCCUCAGGGGCCGUUGCAAGUUCCACUAGCGUCUCAUCUAUAGUUCCUACUCCCACAGGACCCACGAUCGUUCCAUCUGUGGGCCUUUACAACUACAUGGGAUGCUUCACGGAAGGAACUAAUACUCGAGCCCUUGGAGCUGCUUCUUACCCAUCAAACACCAACACCAUUGCUCAAUGUGCUGCAUCUUGUUCAGCAUACAAAUAUUUCGGUGCUGAAUACGGCCGCGAAUGUUGGUGUGGUAAUUCAUUUGGUGCUGGCUCGGUCCUUACAAGCAAUUCGGACUGUUCUAUGACCUGCUCAGGCGAUAGCACCGCGUACUGUGGCGCUGGAAACAGGUUGACGGUUUACAUUAAGAACGGGACAAGUUCUGCCAGUGUGUCGAGCAGCUCCUCAUUGUCUGUUUCUUCGAGCUCUGUUUCGAGCCAGAGCAGCGGUGUUUCUUUGCCAGCAAGUGUCUCAUCCACCCAAGACACUUCUUCGUCAACAGUUGCAUCAAGCACUCAAAGCAGCCUUUCGUUCUCACCGAGCCCAACCAUCUCUAUAUCAAGCUCUAGCAGCACCUCACCAGCACCGGCGCCUUUCCAGACGCUCGCAAUAUCGAAAACCGUUGGAGAAUACGCCUUCCAAGGAUGCUACACGGAAGGCAACGGCGUUCGAGCAUUGUCCGGUGCUUCUUUCUAUAACUACACUGCAAUGACUCUCGAGAUGUGUGCUUCUAGCUGUUUAGGAUUUACUUAUUGGGGCGUUGAGUAUGGAGGAGAAUGCUACUGUGGCAACACUAUUGACUCGACAUCCACGAAUGCAACAACGCAAGCCGAUUGCUCGUUUUCGUGCCCUGGCAAUCAAUACGAGUACUGCGGUGCGGGAAACAGACUCCAGAUGUACAAACUCUCGCCUGUUUCGUCAUCUGUUAGCAGCUCAAGCUCUCUCUCAACCGUUAAUGCCGUGGCAGCAAGCACAAGCUCGUCCUCCACACCAGCCCAGUCUCCAAUGCAAACGAUAUCGACUUCGGCCUCCGCCCCAGCAACCACCUCGACAUCAACUUCUCAAUCCAGCACGCUGCAAUCCGCUACCUCAACAUCUUCCCUCUCAUCUUCUAUAUCCUCGUCUUCAUCCUCAUUCCCCUCAUCUUCAUCAACGUCUUCCUCAACAACUACGUCAAAGGCCGCAGCCUACACCGGCCCCCCGGUCACCUCCCAAGGAAAUGUAAACUUUACCUACUACUCCUGCCUCUCCGAGCCCUCCUCGGGCCGAGCUCUCCAAAAGCAAAUCGAGAACAACGGCACCUACAUGACGAUCGAGAAAUGCCUUUCCAAUUGCUGGAUGUACCAGUAUGCCGGUGUUGAAUAUGGCCGCGAGUGUUGGUGCGGUAAUACUCUCAACACAGGGAGCGCCAACUUGAAUGUAUCUGACAGUAAUUGUGGAUUUAAGUGCCCAGGGAACUCGAGUGAGUUCUGUGGGAGUAGGAGUCGUUUGAGCUUGUAUUGGUUUGAUGUGAGGAAGGCGAUGAUGAAUAAUGGGACUUUGGCGCCUGGGUCGUAAGGUUCCUUGGGGCGGGAUAAUGGCUGGGUAGAGGAGUUUGCACCUUGGCUAGAUUCUGAUAUAGGGGCGUUUUAGAGGGGGUUCGAAGAGAGUGGAAAUAUCUUUGAUUAAAAGGAAUAAAUAGGGUGCUUACAGAUCCCUUCCAUCUCAGCGAGUCUAGCAGCUGUGACUCUCUCCCCUUGCCCAUGCUUUCACCUUUGAUUCACUGCUAAGAUGCCCUUAAGGUAGG